UUACUAUUAUAGAAUCCACUAAGCGAACACGUAUUAUUUUUAACGGUCUUUUAAAAAAAGACAACUGCACAGAUCUUAAUGUUGAUGAAAAUAUUAAUUUGGAGCAUAUACGUUUUAAUUGUAUUUUUAUAACUAGUACUCGACCUUAUCCACGUACUGAAUUUUGGAGUUCUGAUCUGCAAGCUGAAACACUCAUUCGAAAUUCAUGGAAAUUCUCAAAAUGGCAUCAACUAAUCAAUGAAAUUAAUAUUCACGAAAUUCAUCAAUAUGGAUCAAUUGUAGGAAAAAUAAUAUUCGAAGAUCUAUCAAGCGUUGAAUUUUAUUUGCGCUCUUUAAGGCAAUGUUACUGGGGACAAUGUGACGCCACUCCGUUUAAAACAAACAUUUCCAUUGUAGCACUUGAUUCUAUAGGAAUUUCAUUUUACUUAAAUUUAUGCAGCAUGAACAAGGGAUUGAAAAAUAUACAAUUGGGACACUUAAAAGAUCCAAUAGAUGAUUUACACUGUAUUAAUUCGUUGUGUUUUAACAUAAAGCAAUUUCUAAAUUAUUAUAACAAUGGCUUCGAUGAAUAUACAUUUCAAUUUAGAGCUGGAGACAGAAAAUAUGAGGUAAUAAUAAAAUUACUCAGGGAAAGUAAAAAAAUAGUAUAUGGUGGAUAUCCAUGGGAUUCACAAUACAAAUAUUAUCAUUUCAAAAUGAAAUUAAAUAAUGUGUCAGGUGUUGGCUUACUUCAAAUGUGGCAACCAUAUUCCAAUUCCUGCCCUAUAAAAUUAUCACUUGUAAAAAACUUUUUUGGAUCACAAGAAUUUAAUGAAUCUUCGAUAGUUUACACUCUCAUUUUCGAUGAUAUUAGAUGUCAAAAUAAAAACAUUGUUGGGGGAAAAGGAGCAUCAAUUGCAGAACUCUCAUCAAUUAAAACUACAGAAUUCUUUAUUCCUAAAGGAUUUUGCCUUACAACAUAUGCAUUAGAAUUACAUAUUAAAUGUCAUACAAAUCUAUCAGAAGCUAUAAAUCUGCUUAUAAGAGUAUGUAAUGGAGAAAAGAACGGCGACUUGAAAGAAUAUACUCAAAAAGUAGUAUCAUUAAUGGAAAAUACUCCGGUUAUUGAUAUUAUAAAAGAAGAAAUACUGACAAACCUUAAACAAUUUAAAUCACGUAAUCCAGAAAAUAUAUACGCCAUUAGAUCAAGUGCGAUAGGAGAAGAUAAUGAGGAUACUUCUGCUGCUGGUCAAAAUUCAACUUAUCUCGGAAUUAAAGGAGAUUACGAAGUUUUAAAAUACGUAUCUUAUUGUUGGGCUAGUCUAUACAGUUAUAGAAGUGUUGAAUACAGAAGACAAAAUGGAUUAGAAAUAAAGGCAUUAAUGGGUGUAUGUAUUCAACAAAUGGUGAAUGCUGAUGUUGCCGGAGUAAUGUUCACCAGGCAUCCAUUAACAGGAAAUCCAAAAGAAAUUUUUAUUAACUCUAAUUACGGCCUAGGAGAAACUGUAGUAUCGGCUUUGGUUGAUCCAGACACUGUCAUAGUCCAGCGAAACUCUAGGAAUUUGUUAAGUAUAAAUACCUCGAUGAUUGGUAAAAAAUCCCAAAAGAUCAGCAUGAAAAUUGAUGUUUCUGGUACUGAUAUCAUGAACGUAUCUACUGAAGAAACGUUCAAGCUCUCAAUUAGCCUAGAUAUGGCACUAAAAUUAGCCGAGAUCGCGGUAACUCUUGAUCAGCUUUAUAACGCACCACGUGAUAUUGAGUGGGCAUUAUUCCAAGAUAAUGUAUAUUUACUUCAGUGUCGCCCUAUUACAUCUUUAAAUACAUGGACGGAUUUUGAAUUAACACACGAAUUGGGUUCAGGGGUACCUAGCGAUAGUGAUAUUCUCACAUUUUCGAAUGUCGGUGAGGUUCUGCCAAUGGUUUUAACACCGUUGACAUUAAGCUGUAUCAUAUCUGGGUUGAACAUGUCUACGGAAAGCAAUAUUGUUAGGAAACCUGUAUUACACACUUACACGAAUCAUUUGUUCAUUGCUAACAUGAGAUGUACACUGAACUACAUGAAUUUACUGUUACGCUUUGUUGAGGAGAAAAUUUCACAAAGUAUAAAAGUAAUGGAAAUAGCGAUUUGCGGACGAUCGAUCAUUACACCCGAUAUCCAUGAAAUGGCCAAAAAACGUAACGGUGUUCUCAAGUUGUUCAAAUUAAUAAAACAAAGAACGGGUAUAUUGUUGGACCUAUGGUGGAAUUCAGAUAAGGUCGCUUACGCUAACAGGAUUGUCGAUCGAUGUAGAAUUGCUCCCAUCGUUAAAAAUCUAUCAGAGUUCAAUACUGCACAAGAUAUAUUUUGCGCCGUAACCAAUAUGCUCAACGAUUUUAAUGGGGUAUCCAUGUCUCACAGUCACACCUCAAAAUGUAGCAUCUUUUAUCAAGUGUUGAUCAUGUCAAUCUUAACGGAAGGCAACAAAGAUUUUACAAUGGAACAUUAUUCUGAUAUUGCAAUACUCUUAAGAUCCUGCAGCGAUGUAAUUAGUGCUCAAGUGCCAAUCGCGCUGAAGAAAAUAACACGUACAGUCAGAGAAAGUGGAUUGUCUAAAGAAUUUAAAAGUGUCGAUAUAUCAGAGAUGAUGAAUUGGCUAUUAUUGAAAUGCCCAACAGCGUAUGAUCAAGUACAACAGUUCAUAAAUAUUCAUGGUCACCGAGGUAUUGAAGAAUUUGAGUUAAUCACAGAGACAUGGAGUAUGAAACCGGAAAAAUUCCUUUACACUAUACAACUAAUGAUGGAUUCAGUGGAAGAGGAUCAUAUUGAUAAGAGUUUGAGUUCUCGUGAAACGGUGGCAUACCUUAAGACUCCUCAAAAAUCUUUGACACGUUGGAUUCUGCGACUACUAUUACCAGCUAUGAGAAAAGCGGUCUCUCAGCGAGAAAAGACCAAAGCUUUGAUUAUCGAGAUGGUUCAUAAUCUGCGACUUGCAUAUCGUAGACUAGCAGUUCUUCUGAUGAAAGAAGGCCGUCUUCCCGAUCAAGCUCUUAUUUUUUUUCUAACACACAAGGAGUUAGGUGAGCUGGUCAGUAAACCUAAUCCAGGGUUGCUGCGUAAAGCUACGCGCCGAGCAAAAUUACGGCUGCAACUACAAAAAUAUAAAUACAAUGAAGUUAAUUAUGGGAUGCUGAAACCUGUGGAGGAAAUGAAAAUAUCUACAAUAGAAGAUGGUAUUUGCAUACAAGGUACAUCUGUCUGUAAUGGCAUGGUUACUGGACGCGCCUGCAUUGCCUUAACUUUAGAGGAAGCCAGGGAAAUUAAGCCGGGCGAUAUUUUGAUAACUAAUGCAACGGAUAUUGGCUGGAGUCCAUAUUUCCCAUUAUUGGGUGGUGUAGUGACUGAACUCGGUGGGCUGAUUAGUCAUGGAGCUGUCGUUGCAAGGGAAUAUGGACUUCCUUGCAUUGUUAGCGUCGAAAAUGCUACUGGAAAAUUUAAAACAGGUGAAAUUGUUACAUUAAAUGGCUACACAGGAACUAUAAAAAUUCAUAAAAAAAUCAAAGACAUUUUAUAAGUUUAAGGUCAUUGUUGAUCAUAUUU